UUGGCUUGACAAGAUGGCGGCGGCGGGGCGGCGCGGCCCGGGUCUUCGGGUCCCGUGCUUCCCGGCUUCUAAGGCGGGCGGGAUUCUGUGAAGCGAGCCCCGCCAGGCCUCAGGCAUGGGCUUGCCGCCGCCCUCCCCUCUGCUCUUGGGGCUCUUCCUUCUGCAGGGCGUCCUGAGGCCGCUGGGGGGGGACCUGGUUUUCAUUCCUGCUUUCAUCCACAUGACCGGCCCCGCGGUCAGUGCGUCCCUGGUCGGAGGCACCGAGGAUGUGACCGUGUCCCUGGCCCUGCUGCAGGACAAGGAAGGAUUAUUGCCGGUUCCAGCUUGUGGAGUGCUGACCAAUGAGACAGAAGACUGGAGCUUGACUGUGACCCCCACUGUGAUAAGGCCAGAGAAUGCAUUGGAUGUGACAGUGAGGUUGAAGAGGGGAUGGCAAAGGUGUUCCUCUAAUGAGAUGGAUUCCUUCUCAGAGUCCCCGUGUAUGGUCCAGACUCUUCUGGUUUCAGCAUCUCGCAAUUCAUCCUGUUUAGCCCAUCUACUCAUUCGAGCGGAAAUUUAUGCCAACUCUUCUUUGGCCCAUAAUGCAUCAGAGAAUGUGACUGUAAUUCCCAACCAGGUGUAUCAGCCCCUUGGUCCUUGUCCUUGUAAUCUGACAGCCGGGGCCUGUGACGUUCGCUGCUGCUGUGACCAGGAAUGCUCGUCCGAUCUAACAGAGCUGUUCAGAGAGGCCUGUUUCACCGGCGUUUUUGGAGGCGACGUCAAUCCGGAGUUUGACCACCUGUGCUCCGUGCAGGAGACCCCCGGGGCCCCUGGCUGGUUCCCGUUCCUGUGUGUGCAGUCCUCGCCGGCCAACUCGCCCUUCCUGGGCUACUUCUACCACGGCUCCGUGUGUGUGUCCGGGCGCGGCCCACGGGUGCCCACGGCCUCUCGCGGGCCCAGGCCUGACCACCUCCGUUUGAGAUUCGGUCCUAGAUUUCUUUCCCCUCGGCAGCACGCUUCCUUUGAAGUGCAUCUGCAUACUGAUCUAAGAGACUUUUCAGACUUUGGUUACAAGCAAGGAGAUCCGAUCAUGACUGUAGACAAGGCAUAUUUUACCAUUCCGCAGGUGUCCCUGGCUGGGCAGUGCAUGCAGAACGCGCCGGUGGCAUUCCUUCAGAAUUUUGAUGUUCGCUGCACCACUAGUUUGGAAGCGUACCGAGAGCAAGAUGGUAUUAUCAAUGCGAAGAUCAAGAAUGGUGUGGUAGGAGGCAUCGUUACACCAAAAGUGAUCUAUGAGGAAGCAGCCGACCCAGACAGAUUCAUCACCGGGACAGAAACACUUUUAAGCAAUGAAUCAGCCUCCAGAAACGUGAAUGUGGAAGAACAUUAUAUUUUCAGAUGGAAUAAUAAUACAAUCAGCGAAAUAAAUGUCAAAAUUAUUAGAGCAGAAAUUAAUGCCUACCAGAAAGGGAGCAUGACACAGAGAUUUACAGUAAAAUUUUUAAGCUAUAAUAGUGGUGAUGAAAAGGAAUUUUCUGGGAAUCCAGGUUACCAACUUGGCAAGCCUGUUCGAGCUCUAAAUACCAACAGGAUGAAUAACGAGACGACUUUAUACCUUUGGCAAUCGGCUGGAAGGGGUUUGUGUGCAUCAGCAACUUUCAAACCCAUUUUAUUUGGAGAAAAUGCACUAUCUGGAUGUCUUUUAGAAGUUGGGAUCCAUGAAAACUGUACUCAGCUCAGGGAGAAUGCUGUCGAGCUGCUUGACUCAUUAAUACAAGCAACUCAUGUUGCGACGAGAGGCAACUCUGAUUACAACCAUCCUAGUGACGACUGGCUCGAAAUAAUCCGUGCAGAUGCCCCUGAUACAGGUGCAGACCCUCCCGUCAGUGUGAACGGCAUCUGCGUGGAUAUUCCUGCCCGACUGCAUAUCCGCAUCCUCAUCUCAGAUGCUGGUGCAGUGGAAGGGAUUACUCAGCAGGAGAUACUUGGCAUAGAGACAAGGUUCUCUACGGUGAACUGGCAAUUCCAGUGUGGGCUUACUUGUGAGGAUAAGGCCAAUCUUUUCCCUGUCAGUGCAUCUGUCCAGUUUAUUAAGAUACCUGCACGGUUACCCCGUCCACUGACAAGAUUCCAGAUCAAUUUUACGGAGUAUGACUGUAACAGAAAUGAGGUGUGUUGGCCGCAACUUCUGUAUCCAUUGACCCGGUAUUAUCAAGGGGAGCCUUAUUCUCAGUGCGUGGCCAAGGGCUUACUGUUGGUAUCCUUCUUGAUAUUAGCUGCAUUCCUCAGUAACCCCUGGACCAGAACAUGCAAAGCUUGAAAUUCAUCUACCACCUGACUUCUCACAGACCACAGACUUUUGCUUCAGGGACUUGUCGUACUCCUGUGUGCCUCUCUGUAAAAUUGUAAUAAAUGCAGUGCUUUAUUUUUGUAAAAUUUUUUUUAAUUAAGUGCACUGUGAAUUUAAUUCACAUAUGUAACUAUCUGGAUGUGCAGAGCAAUUCAGAAUAGACAUUUUCAUCGUUGGAUGAGACUGAGCAAAAUGCACAAGAGGGUCAACUGUGUAAAUAAAUGUAAUUAGAAGCUUUUGUGUACCACAAGUUACUAAAGUCACAGGAGUUUCGGGGUACGUAUGUUAUUCUUAGAAAGUUAGUAUUUUCUCCAAAUUUGUAUAUAUUUCUGAUGAAUUGUUUGGUUAAUUUCCUCUAUUCCAAAGAAAGAAUUAAAAAUUCUUAAAGCCUUAAAAAUGUGUAUACUAUGAAGUGUAUGUAUUAUUUUGUAUAUAUACACAAAAUAAAUUGAUGAGGGAAGAUGUGGAGGCUGAGGGAGGGCAAGUUAUAUUGGGAGGAGAGUAAAACAAAACCAGGAGGGGAGGUCAGCAAAAGUAUGAUUAGGUACAGGAAUCAUAGACCCAUGGAUUUAAAAUAAGCCGAUUUUCAGUGAAGGAUAGUUUUUCCUAGUUGAGGCUUGAGAGAAAAUCCUCCUGUGGCUCCUUACGAGGGGACACACAGCAUGAUGCCGGGGGUUUGGAGGGAAUGGAUGUCUUCAACCAUAGCCCAAUCUUGGCCACAUGGCAAAUCUCUGCAUUUUCUCUGUGCCCCAGACAUAUUUAGUCAUGUUUCAGAUGGAUUUGGACACGGUCAGUAAACCUAAUUUUGAAAAGUGACUGUCUUCCCUUUCACACUCUGAUGGAAUUCCUGGGGCCUCCUGACUUCCCGGACACAUCCAAUGUGUUGUUGCAUUUUCCAGUGCAAAUCUGUAAGCCCAGUUCCAUUUUUUACUGAUUCAUAUUAAACAUGUAACUAACGACAUAAA